AAAUGUGAUAACUUCCACUGUAGCUAGCUACGCUACAACCAGAGUGACAGCUAGAGAGACACCAUAGACUGUUUAUGGCUACAAUAAGGAAAUCAAAAAAACGCGCAAGUGGUAAACAACUUGGCUAUAUAAGGGGAAUUAGAUGAGAAACGAUAGCAGAUAAUAAUAGUCUUACUUAAAACUUUAGGGUCCUUUUGGUCUGGUCAGACAACAACCAUAGCUAACUACAUGUUAACUAGCAGCUAACGUUGACGUUACCUUGACUUUUUGCAAUGCUUCAGGUGUCACUCUGACUAAAAUAGUUACAACAGUUGUAUCAUUCUCACGGGAAAAGAAACGUGUGACCUUAGUAUGGACAAUAGCGCCAUUUAUGUCCGAGAAAGAGGCAACCUUCGUCGUGUCAGUGACAUAGUCCUGGCACAGCCAAAGCCAGUGUCAUCAUGCAGAAGAACAAAUCCGUUUGUGCUGAGAAAAGAGAACUUCAUAUUCACCUACAAUGCUGAAGGAAGUCUGAGAUACACCACAAAAUCUCUCUUUGAAAUCACUAUGUUAUUCGUAGCUGACAACAUUAACCAUGUGGACUCUCUGGUGGGCUUCCCUGAGCAAAUCGGAGACAGACUUUUUGCAGCAGCAGAGGAGAAUCGUGUGUUUUUAAACGCAGACAUUUCUCCAAAAGCCCUGCAGUUAUUCAGUGAUGCAUAUGGGGAAAUGGUGCUUGGAUCCCUCUGUCUAAGAAAUAGAUUUCCACUCUUACAUGAGAGAUUGGAUGAAAUAAAGACAUUUCAUAGUUUGACGUCUCUGGAUCUGUUUGGCUGCAGACUGGGCGAUGAUCAUGAGAUAUUUCAGCAUCUAACAUCCAGCUCAUUGGCAAGCAGCCUAAUUAAGCUUUUCAUUGGUGGUAACAGUCUGUCAGAUGUCGGCCUACAAAGAUUGACUGCACCCAUCCGGAUGCUGAGGAAGGGACUGGACUGUCUUCAGUUACUUGAUGUUUCCUAUAACCCUAUAUCAGUGAGGGCUCUAAGAUACCUCAUGUGCCUCCCCAAACUGGAAAAUCUUGAUGUAUCUGGGACCAGUUUAAAGCUUGGCACAGGAUUGAAGACAACCAUGUGGGACCUAUUGAGGCUCAAUUAUUCUGAGAAACCACUGGACACCUUUGAUCAUGUAAGAUGUAAAACAGAAGGCUGGGCACAGCAGGUUGUAAACCAGUGGGAAACAAAUAGCUCACAAAUGCCAAAACAGAAGAAAAUUGAUGAAUCCAGAGCAUCAGCACUUCGCUUUUUUGGCAGGCAGAAGUUUGUCAGAGAAGUCCUGAAUGCAGCACCCUUGGUAUGUGAGAGCGAGGAAGAGACCAAGAGAGAGAGACUGCAUUUCUUCAGACCUGCAGCAAACCAUCACAUACCAGAGAAACAAACUCCUUCCACAACAAAUGAUCAAGCAAAGCCUGCCUGGAACAAUAUCAAAAAAAGGCAGCGUCAGUCGGAAAGGUGUGACAGUUCACAUCAAAGUCCUCCAACAAAACGUUUGUCCUCAUCAGCUCUUACUGCAGAGGACAUGGACUUGUUGAAUAGCUAUUGAGGUAUGUGUCCAUGUAGCAUUCCACAAAUAGCAACUUGAGUAUGUUGUUAAAGCUGUAACAUUACGGCUCAAAUGAACAAGAAUAUUUCCAAGAUGAUUUACACUGGGGAACUGUAAACACUUUUUCUAGGAUAUAGGUGACGUUUAUAUAUAUAUAUAUAUUUUUUUUUUUUAGAAAUAGAGUUUAGUAUUUUGUAUGUGUCCAAUUUCUUGCUUGACAUGGUAUUUGGAAACAACCUAGAUGAUAUGAUUGUUAGACAAGUGUGCUCAUCAGACCUAGUAUGGCAAUGCUGAAAGACCAAUUACAUAAAUACUGGAUAACUAACUAGGCAAAGCAGACAACUGCCAUGAAAGGCUCCAUGCUUACAGUGUGAGAACUGGUUUCAGGCUAAUUUAAUUGAGAAUUUGUUUGUGAAUAUGCAGCACUGAAGCUCAAGGCCAACGAACAUGAUUAAGACCUCAAGUUUGUCGCCUUAUUACUUAAUCUUAUGGCCUUGUUUUGAAGAGGGUCCAUUUGCGAGGUUUGUGUUUAUAUGUGUGUAUAUGUUCUUAUUUUGUCCCAUAAUAUUGUCGGUCACACAAUGUCUGGUUAAGAAAGAAGAAGUAUCAAAAUUGUUGGGCUUAUUUUUAUUCCAAACAAUCUUCUUCCAUGACAAAUCUUGGCACCUACAUUACCCACAAUGCAACUUGAACACUUAACAUUUCGAUCGGAAAUUCCGGUG